GGUGAAGCUCCCCCACCCUCUGUGAGAGGGACGGAGGAAGGCUGGAGCCAGCUGAGGCGGGAGCUUCACCGGGGAUAUGCGAGUGACUGCAGCGAAUUCUCCAAGUUCCGGGAUUCAUGAGGCCUGUGCCCUCCUCCGGCAGAUGUCAUCGCGAGUUGGGUCCAUGGAGAGGAGCUGUGCGUGUUGGCGGAAACGUGCCGUCUGGGGGUUUUCUUGCUGACACGUUCCAAACCCGGGGGCUUCAGUGGCGCGCGGCCCCGAGCCGUUGCCAGGAGACGGGCUGCGCGAGGCUCCCCCACCCCCAGCCCCCCUCGUGCCCGGGAGGAGAGGUAAAGACAGCGUGUUUGCUGCUGGAAGGUUAUCAAUCAUCAAAAAAUGGAGGGUCUAACUAUGUAACCAAAUCUUGAAAGGUUCAAUAUGCCAUGAUUGGAGGAAGACGUGACAAAAAGUUGCAAUGCUUCUGAAAUGAAGUAGUGGAAUAUCCAAAGUAAAUUCAUCAGAGCCUGAUGGCACACAGCCUCGGAAGAUGAAUGAGUUCAGAUAGAAGGUAUAAUACUUUUGAACAUCAUUACCAACAUAUAAAUGUGGACAACAUGCACAACUUCACCACUUUGUUUAAGUUGCUUACCGAAGAGGAAAAGAAUUAUUGCCAUAUGCUGUAUGUACGCUGUUGGAUGAAGGACUAGGCCGUGUGAUUAUGCAGACGUCCCAGCAUGAAGCUGAUGGACCUAUUCCUUGCUCGCUCACUCUCUAUGUGUUUUCUGCUGCAGAGUGUAGUGUUUCUGGUACUGUGCUUUCACUCAGCCAGCAUGUGUCCCAAAGGCUGUAUGUGUUCUCAUGUCAGUAGCUUAAAUGUAAGCUGCAGCAAUGCGAAUCUUAAAGAGAUUCCUAAAGACCUUCCUCCAGAAACUGCUUUACUUUACUUAGACUCAAAUCAAAUAAGGUCCGUUCCCAAUGAGAUCUUUAAAGACUUGCACCAACUCAAAGUGCUUAAUUUGUCCAAAAAUGUUAUUGAGUCCAUAGAAGAACAAGCAUUCAAAGGUGUGGCUGAUACCUUGCAGACUCUUGAUCUUUCAAACAACAAGAUUAAAAGUGUACAUAAAGACACAUUCAGCAAACUCAAAGGCAGGGCCCAGUUUUCCGACAACCCAUGGCACUGUGACUGCAGCCUCCAGCAGGCACUGCAUGGCAUGCCCUCGAACCAUGAAGUGGCCAGCAAUAUUAUCUGUGAGACUGCAGCUUUGAAGGAACAUACUGGGAAAUCUUUGAUCAGUGCUGCAAAUGAAGCAGACCUCUGUAAUCUGUCAAAAAAAACAACCGAUGUGGCCAUGCUGGUCACUAUGUUUGGCUGGUUCACCAUGGUGAUCUCAUACGUGGUAUAUUAUGUACGUCAGAACCAAGAAGAUGCAAGAAGGCAUCUUGAAUAUUUAAAAUCACUCCCUAGCAAGCAAAGGAAGCCAGAGGAAUCAGAUGACAUUAGUACUGUACUGUAAAAUGUUCUACUGAAGAAAAGGUUUUGAAACAAAGUUUUUUAUGUGUAUAUUUCAUUCACUGGAUCCACUUGCAGCAUUUAACUGCAGUGAAACUGAAGGUAGUGGAGCUCAGCUGCUACAAGAUGGACAGAUAUCCAUGGUGUAUGUGAAAAAUGUAUGAAAACUUCUUUUAGCAUUUCUGCAAUGGUGUUAGUUAGUAGGAGAUAUUGCUAAGGAGGAAAAUCAUGAGUCUGGUAUAAAGCAAUUGAGGACGUUUUCAGCUUCAGGUGGCAUUCCUGUGUCUAGAAAAGUAAUGAUGCACAAAUGAUAGUGAAGAGCUGUCCAUAUCACUGACAGUCAUUUAAAACCUACAAUCAGGUCAUGGUAGAAUAAGGUGAAAGAAUGUUUUUUUACAGACUUUGAUUAAUCAUCAUCCCAUAUGUUUUGAGAUUGUGGCACAGGCUAGAAAAUAAUAAUAAACAAUUAAUUUGAAAACUAUUCAAGUAAAACAGCCCUCUUGUGGUGCAGUGGUAGUGUCCCUACCCCUGGACCAAGAGGUCCGGGUUCAAGUCUCACCUGCUCCGGAGGUAUGUAAUAAUAUCUCUGAACAAGUUGAUUAGAAAAAUAAGUUAAAUAUAAACAAGGAAAACUGUUCAAGUGGCUGUCUAUGUAACUGCUAAAUUUACCCUCAAUCUGACUACUCAUAGGUGUAUGUCCCAAACACAGCAUGUAUCUCACAGAAUGAAUGUAGAUCAUAUUAUUGUUAGAUCUAAGCUGGCAGUAGGACAAAAGAAACAUCUUAGAAUGACAGAGCUAAGGAGCUUUAGGGCCGUUGUCCUCUACUUGUUGAAGGUAUGUCUGAUUGUCUGUAUCUUCUGAUCAUUUUGUUAAUUAGGAUAGGAUACAGAACUCAAUGUGGUGCCUGUUUUCAAUUGUAGCUGAACAGACCAUGGGCAGGAGACUGGUGCCUCCUGAUGAGGAUCACAUGGGGACGGGAAUAUAGAUGAAAGAGAAAGAAAUAGCGAUGAGAAGGUGAAGUCUAGGUAAACUAGUCAUUGGAAAUAUUUAUUUCCAAUUGGAUAAUAAAACCAAACAGCAGAGAAAAGUAAGAAUAAAUCUGCAGCUUCAGCUGCUGAAUGUCUAUAACAAGUUGAAUUGUUGGGGUCAGGGACUGUAGCUAAAAAAGGUGUUAGGUCCCAAUUCCUCACCGUUACGCAGUUAGUGAUUAAGCAUGGGCCUGAUUGCUGUUCUCCUUCUGGUAACUGUUGAUAGUCACAACAGAAAGAUCUCCAAUUGGUCUCAGUAUCACCACCUGUAUUAAUUAAUACAAAGUUAUGGCUAAAGUCUCCACUAUGCCAGAGGAUGUGCCCAGACUGGGCUGCUCUCUUAUUAGAGAGAGGCAGCUCGUGGUGGUUUAACUGGUUAACUGAGGCAACUGGUGAGGAUCACCACAUUUCAUGCAAGGGUAAAGCUCUGAUAACCGAGAAAACUACCAAUUCUCUAACCUAUAAUAAACUUUGGUUCACUAUUUAGGCAGAAUUGGAAGGGAAUGUGAAGUAUCUAUCAAAAGGGAUUCAGAACCUAUCUGAUUAGUCAUAAAAAUGUCAUGAACAUGUUAACAGUCUGCCAUACACUGUGAAAAUGUGAAUCUCUCAGUCGGUCCAAGCUUGGUACUUUCAGUGUUAGAAUCCCUUGUUCCUGUGCCUGUCAGUCUUUUUUACAAGCAGGCAAUUUCAGUUCUCUAGUAUCACCUGCCAAUAUAGGUUAAGAUGAAAUAAGUUGAUGGCAGUGAAGCCAGGAUUGUAUAUGAUGGUCCGAGUUUUACUUACGCAACAAUGUCAAGUGGAAGUACGGUCCACUCUUUACAGAUAUGUCUGGCAAAGUGUCCCUACCUGAAUAUAGGGAUGUAGAAAUAAUAUAUAGGUCACUCAGUCCCUUCGGCCUGAUUCGACAUUACAAUUGACCGUGGCUGAUUUGUAACUCCAUUCCAUUUACUAAUAUUUCCUCUAAAUCAUUUGAUACCCUUACAAAUAGCUAUUGAUCCCGGUCUAUCGAAUUUCAAUUGAUUUAUCUAAGUGUUUGGGAAAAGAGUUCCAAAUUGUAACUAUUCUUUACAUGAAAAAUUGCAACUAGAUUUCAGUCCUAAAUGGCCUCACUUUAAUUUUCAGACGAUUCCCUUGUUCUGGAUUCUGUGACAUAUCUGAAGCAACAUUAACCUGUUAAAACUCAUUGUCACAGUUAACACACAGGAAGUUAAAACUUUACCAAGGUACCACAUAACACUCAGCACAUGGAUCCUAAUGAGAUUUCAGCUCCUUCAGAAGAUAAAUUUGUGAACAGAAAUUGCUGAGAAAAAUAAUAGGAAACUCUGCUAAAUGGGACCCACUAUAAAGUGUAAGUGUAAAAACGUGUGAUAGAUCUUGGUCAUUAUGGAGUUGACGGGGGGGAGAAAUAGCUGAUAGAUCUCCACUUACGGGCAUUCUGGUCAUUUUGGCUCUCAAAAUAGAAGUGACUAACCUUAAGAAUAAGCACAAUCUAGCACAGAAUGAUUCUGAUCUCCUAUUAAGUGCCUGAAAUCUGUGUUGCUUGUUUAUGCGUUAAAUCUUACAUGAUUUCUGCAAGAAACUGUCUUUUCUUAUCUAUCUAACUGACAUCUAUAUUAAUUGUAUUUGGAAACAUGCUAUUAAUGUUGUCUAGCUAACAUAACUAUAUUUGUCAUGUGCACAUUUCAGUUUCAGGAGAAAAUAAAUGCCAGACACUUGA